AUGGCCGACGACAACCAAGGCAAAGUUUCUAAAAGUAAAAAAAGCAAAGGUGAAAAAAGUGGCAGCCGCAAAGAAUCAGAUGCAGCACAGGACGAAAUAAAACAGUUCAAGGAAAACUUACUACAAUCCAUUACUAAUGGAGACUCAAUUUUAUCUGAAAAACACAUCGAUGUAGAAGAACCAAGGACGUAUUCAGCGAAAGCACGCCAAUCUCUGUCCGUGCCCGACAAUGUUCUAGCUGAAUUGGAUGAAGCAAAAAUAUUUGAAUUGAAAGAGGCAUUCCUUUUGUUCGACUUGGAUGGUGAUGGCUACAUCGACCACAACGAUCUUCGAGGGACAUUCGUCAGUCUGGGAGAGAGAGUGGAUGAUCAAGCAGUUAGGAAUAUGCUUACUGAAGCUUCAAACCCGUUGGAUUUCGAUUCGUUUGUCAAUCUACUCGGAUACAAGACCUUAGAGCUCGACUCUGAAGAGACGCUUAUUGCGGCGCUUUCCCGCUGGGAUAGUGAAAAUACUGGAUAUAUCUCCGAAGAAAGAAUUCGCCACGACCUAAUGACGUGGGGAGAUCGUUUCACGGAAAAAGAAGCGGACUACGCUUUAGACGAGGCACCCACUAUACAAAAGGAUGGCUACAAUUUCAUAGACUACAAGCAGUUUUGUAGCAAGCUCUCUGGCCUCAGAAAACCUAACAAACGAGCUCUUGAAGUU